UGAGAAGGGAUGGAGUAUGCUUCUCUGGGGGAGGGGAACGUAGGCGCUCAGCCCGAGCCCCGCCCCCGCCCCCGGAGCCCCGCCCCCACAUCCCGGAGCCCCGCCCCCGCCCGCUCCGGGCUUGGAAGCUCCAUCCUCGCCCCUGGCUGGAAAGCGCCCGAAACUGCUUGAGCCAUGAGAAUAGGCUGCCUGAAAAUGAAAAUGGGGAAAUAGCUAAAAAAAUGUAUCCUAAAAAGAGCUACAGGAAGAUGGAGUCAUCUGGGAAUUACCGGGAUGAGGACUCUCUAACAGGGUUCCAGGUGGUAUUGUCCACUGGUGGAGGGGAUCCACAGAGUGAGAAAGAAGAGAAGAGCAAGCCUUUUAGUCCUGGAGAACUGGCAAAGCAAAGCAGAGAUGGCCCAGUCGUGUCUGCCUUUAAACAAGCAAAACUGGAAAAGGAGGCCCAGAAGAAUUGGGACCUGUUUUACAAGAGAAAUAGUACCAAUUUCUUCAAAGACAGACACUGGACCACCAGAGAGUUUGAGGAACUGAGGUCAUGUAGGGAGUUUGAUGAUCAGAAGUUGACUCUCCUUGAAGCUGGCUGUGGGGUUGGAAACUGUCUAUUUCCACUUCUAGAAGAAGAUCCAAAUAUUUUCGCUUACGCCUGUGACUUCUCCCCCCGGGCUGUGGAGUAUGUUAAGAAAAACCCUCUGUAUGAUUCUGAGCGGUGUAAGGUGUUCCACUGCGAUCUGACCCAAGAUGAUCUCCUCGAAUAUGUGCCAGCAGCCUCUGUCGAUGUCGUCACCUUGAUAUUUGUGCUUUCUGCUGUUCACCCUGACAAGAUGCACCUGGUCUUGCAAAAUGUCUACAAGGUAUUAAAGCCUGGCAAAUGUGUCUUGUUUCGAGACUACGGGCUGAAUGAUCACGCGAUGCUUCGGUUUAAGGCCGGCAACAAGCUGGGAGAAAACUUUUACGUUCGACAAGAUGGGACCAGGGCCUAUUUCUUUACUGAAGUAUUCCUGGCUCAGCUCUUCAGGGAAGCUGGAUAUGAAGAAGUGGCCAACGAAUAUGUGCUCCGAGAAACCGUGAAUAAGAAAGAAGGCCUGUCAGUACCCAGAGUUUUUCUUCAGAGCAAAUUUCGGAAGGCUUCAAGGACAUUGUGAUUUUGACUACUGGGACCACAAGCCUCAACCUUUCACAGAAUAAAAAACAAUCUGGGGCAGAGGCACACGCUUAAAAGUUAGAAUCUUUGUCUCAAUUUAGGAAUUCACUUCUUCAGGGCAUCCGUCAUCUCACAAAUGGGGAACUUUCCUCCAAUGGUGCCAGGCACGGACCAUCUCCACCUGCUCCUUCUUCACGGUUCUUGUCUGCUCCCCCCAGACCCUGCCACACCCUAGAGGCCUUCUUCUUAACCCUGCAUCUGUGAGCUUUUUUCAGUGAUAUUUCAAUAUAACACGUCUCCUUUGUAAUCCUACGUAUCUUAAUUUUAUGCUUUUAAAAAUGUAGUCCUGAGAACAGGUGUUUGGGUUUCACCAGACUCCCAAGGGGGUCCAAGACACAGACAAAGGUUUUGGACCCCUGCUCAAGGCCUUUCACCAUUCCAGAGGUGCCCAGGAGGGUUUGUUAACCUAGUCGUGUUCACUCUAUCAUGUGGCUGGCCCGCUUCCUCGUUCAGGCACAUUCUAAAGGCAUUUGGCAUUUCAUGCCUAUUGGGCGGCAGCCUGAGACCUAGGAAAGGUACAGUGUUGUGGACUCAUGUCCACUUGUGUCACCCUCCACUCUUCCUUUGUAAGUUGAUACCACUCAGGGAUGGGGGCAGUGGGAGCCGUCGUUGGAGGGAAUCAUGGGAUGCCGGUCUGCCGGCAUGUCAGGUGUUUAACCCUCAGCAAUAAAGAACCACCAACAGCAGACACCAGAGCAGCCUGAAAGCCAUGGAGUACAAAGGAAAUGGGGCUUUGUCCCACCUUCCAAGUCCUGAGAGACUGGGAGCCACACGUCCCAAUUGUGUUUCAGAAAAUAUAGUCAGAAGGGGCACACUCGGUGGGAGAGAUGAAGGAAGACUUGGCCCGUGGCCUCCAAGGGCUCGUACACAACUAGAUGGGAUUUCGGUAUCUCUUGUCUUGUCGUGUCGAGUAGCUUCUACUCAUCGUGGGUGAUCAAUCUCCAAGGAUGGACUUUUGAAAGAGACAAGUGCGAGGGGAUCCCCUUACAUCCUAGUGAUGCCCCAAAUGUGGGCCUCCCCAGCAGGUGAUGAGAGCAUCAUCAUUCCGGGAGGAGGACGGCAGGUAUUAAAGCGCAUGGAGUCAGCGAAUUGGUAGGAAUGGCAAUUGUUCUGUUCUUCGCCGUCAGCUGCAGGCUCCCAGAUCCUCCCUCUCCCAGAAGUGGUUGUUUAAAACAACGAGCCAAGAGAAAGGGAGAGGUGGGUUUGUAUUUUUGUUCAAAAUAAAGGGAGAUUUUUAAUCAA